UACACAACUAUUUCAAUCUCCAUUCUGUGCACCGCUGCACGCCGGUAUUUCAUCCCAGACAUUUCAUAUUUUAUUUUUUUAAAUUAAUCGAACUGACAAUGAGUGGAGAUCAUGGACACAAGGACUCCCAGAUCGAUUCUGGAUAUCGGGUUAAUGAUUCUCACAAACACAAAGACAAGCAUAAGGACAAAGAUCGCAAACACAAAGACCACAAGAAAGACAAGGAGCGGGAGAAAUCCAAGUGUACUAACAGCGAAUACAAGGAUUUCUGGGAAAAGAAACACAAAGACAAAGUGAAACACAAAGAUGAAGGUUUGGAGAGACACAGGGACAAGGACAAGCACAAGGACAAAGAUAAGAGAAGAGACGAAAAGAGCAAGUCCUCUAGUAUUGAUGGCAAGCCCAAGAAAGAAAAGGAAAACGGGUUUUCCAGUCCCCCUCAUAUUAAGUCAGAACCUGAAAAUGAAGACUUCUAUCACUCUCCCAAACACGAGAAGUCACUGAAGAGGGAACGGGACCAUGAUGAUUAUGAAUUCAAGCCUAAAAAAAUUAAGAUUGAAAAUGAAAAGAAGACGAAAAAGAGGAAACAAGAAGAGGAUGAGGAGGAGGAUAUAAAACCCAAAAAGAAGACAAAAGAUAAAAAAGGAGGAGAAGGCGAUGGCAAAAAGAAGGCCAAGAAGGAGCCAGAGGAGAAGUGGAAAUGGUGGGAGGAAGAGAGGUACACCGACGGCUCAAAAUGGAGGUUUCUGGAACACAAGGGACCGGUCUUUGCGCCUCCGUAUGAACCUCUUCCCAAAAAUGUCAAGUUUUACUAUGAUGGGAAGCCAAUGAAGCUGAGUGCACCAGCUGAGGAAGUUGCCACCUUCUUUGCCAAAAUGCUGGACCAUGAGUAUACUACCAAGGACAUCUUCCGCAAAAACUUCUAUAAAGACUGGAGGAAGGAAAUGACAUCGGAGGAGAAAUCAAAGAUUUCUGACUUAAACAAGUGUGAUUUCACAGAGAUGAGUGAUUACUUCAAAGCACAGUCAGAGGCCAGAAAGCAGAUGACAAAAGAGGAGAAGCAGAAAAUCAGGGAGGAGAAUGAGCGUACCUUGCAGGAGUAUGGCUUCUGCGUGAUGGACAACCACAAGGAGCGAAUUGGAAACUUCCGUAUUGAGCCCCCGGGGCUGUUCCGUGGGCGAGGGGACCACCCCAAGAUGGGAAUGCUGAAACGCCGCAUCCGGCCUGAGGACAUCAUCAUCAACUGCAGCAAGGAUUCCAAACACCCCAAACCUCCACCAGGCACCAAGUGGAAGGAGGUGCGGCACGACAACAAGGUGACGUGGCUGGUGUCCUGGACCGAGAACAUCCAGGGCUCCAUCAAGUACAUCAUGCUUAACCCCAGCUCCAGGAUCAAGGGAGAGAAGGACUGGCAGAAGUAUGAGACGGCCCGAAGACUAAAGAAGUGUGUGGACCGAAUCCGCACGCAGUACCGGGAUGACUGGAAGUCCAAGGAGAUGAGGAUCCGCCAGAGAGCUGUAGCCCUGUAUUUCAUUGACAAGCUAGCCCUGCGAGCGGGGAACGAGAAGGAGGAGGGGGAGACUGCAGACACGGUGGGCUGCUGCUCUCUGCGAGUGGAGCACAUCAAACUGUACCCCGAGAUUGAUGGACAGGAGUUUGUGGUGGAGUUUGAUUUCCUGGGAAAGGACUCCAUCCGUUACUACAAUAAAAUUCCUGUGGAAAAGAGGGUCUUCAAGAAUCUUCAGCUCUUCUUGGAAAACAAACAGCCAGAAGAUGACCUCUUUGACCGCCUCAAUACAUCAAUUCUGAACAAGCACCUUCAGGAGCUGAUGGACGGACUGACGGCCAAAGUGUUCCGUACCUACAACGCCUCCAUCACCCUGCAGCAGCAGCUGAAGGAGCUGACCACUCCUGAGGAGAACAUUCCUGCCAAGAUCCUGUCCUACAAUCGGGCCAACAGAGCGGUGGCAAUCUUGUGUAACCAUCAGAGAGCCCCGCCCAAGACGUUUGAGAAGUCCAUGCAGAACCUGCAGACCAAGAUAGAUGCCAAGAAGGACCAGCUCUCUGACGCCAGGAGAGAGCUGAAGAGUGCCAAGGCAGAUGCCAAAAUGCGGAAAGAUGAGAAGACCAAAAAAGCUGUGGAUACCAAGAAGAAGGCUGUGCAGAGGAUAGAGGAGCAGCUGAUGAAACUUGAAGUGCAGGCAACAGACCGUGAGGAGAACAAGCAGAUUGCUUUGGGCACCUCCAAACUCAACUACCUGGACCCACGCAUCUCGGUAGCCUGGUGCAAGAAGUGGGAUGUGUCCAUUGAGAAAAUCUAUAAUAAAACCCAGCGGGAGAAGUUUGCCUGGGCCAUUGACAUGGCAGAUGAAGACUUUGAAUUUUAAUCUCAUUUUAAAGUUCCAAAUAUUUAUUUCCAUUGUGAUUUAAAAGACGUUUUAAAAGUAUGUCUGUAGCAUCACUGAUUCCACCCUGUGGUCAGCCUGACCAAGGAGAAAGAGGAGGUCAGAGGAAAAGUUGGGUCCUAAUACAGGAGGCUGACAUAAGGGCUCAGGUUGGGGGAAGGGGGUUGCAGAGUGACUAUGGGUAGUCUGAUUAAUGUGGCUUCAGGUGUCCACACUGGAAGACUGUGCAAAGUGACUGCCCUUAACACCCACAUAGCAGUAAUCCCCCUGGACUGGGGAAUGACAGUGGCUUGAUGCUCGGCCCAAACUGGCUUAACCCUGCAUCGGCAAUGCACCUGAGGACUAAAAACUCUGAGGCUUAUAGCUACUGUGUUCAAGAGCUCAAGAGUUCAACUGCUUGUGUUUUUAUUAUUUUGUGUUCUAUAUAUAUAUUUGGUCCAUUUCUACCCCCUAAGAUUUAUUGAUGAAUUCUAUAUUUUAAUAGAAAAAGAUAAGUCAAAGAGUUCCUUAAAGUACACCCACGCCUUGUGAAAAUAAAAAUAAAAAAAAUUUAAAAGUGAAAUGCAAGAUCAGCUGAGAAAUGACUGAAGAAGCUGUGUGUUUGAGUGAGUGUGUGAUGUAUUAAAUGUUAAUUUUAGCUAAACUUUGAAUUUUGUGUAUUUCUGAACAUGAAUGAGGGUGUACAGGCAAACACUUACUGUUAAUAUAACUUUAGCAGACAGAAUGUGAUUUCUUUUUUUUUUUUUGAUUUUUUUUACAGUUUUUAUCAGGGAUUUUUUUACGUGUAUUUGUGAACCAAUGCUUUUAAAUCCCUUUAUACAUGGUUCUCAUUGUUUGGUUUUAACUUAAUUUUAAUGCAACAACAGUCCCGUCUUUGUUACUUGAAGCAAUGGCUAUUUAAAGUACUAGUUUGGGAAGUUUUCUUCCCAAAAGUGAGAUGGAGAAAAGUGAAGGAACAAAAUAAAAACACACAUUAUCAACCAUCAAGUUACAACUACAAUUGUAGGCUGUUUAUUUUUUGCAGUUGUGUAAAGAAUGAGGGUGCAGUCAAACAUGAAUUAAUGUGAAAUCUCAAAAGUAACUCUCUACUUUGGUUUUGUUAUAGGAAGCAUUAGCAUUAAUAUAAGCAGCCAAUGUUAAUUAUUUACCAGCUUAUUCCUCCUCUUGUCCAAGCCUUCAUUUUUUUGCCAUUGUAGGUUAUUUAAAAAUAAAAAAAUACAAUAUAUAA